AGCGGCGCCCGUCUCACCCAUUUGUCUCUGCAGUUAUGCGAGCCAUGAUGUACGACUGGGAACUGGGAGGUAGUGGGGGGCACAUGUGUUUUGAAGAUGGAGUAGUCGUCGGCUGGACACCUGACGACAGUAUUGGAUGGAGAGUGCGUAAAUAUCAUGGUUGUGCAGAAGGGCGCAAAGGAUGUGACGCAAUGGAAGCAGACAUGGCAUGAGUCAGUGUCAGGGAGAUCAGAGGUAUCCCUGGCCCUCUAAACGCGAUCACACUUCUUAGAGUGAUGAGAGGAUGCUGUAGCAGGGAGACAAAGCAAGGCAUGGAAUGAUUCUAAGCGAGCGCGGAUAUCGGAACACAAUACACGGGUCUUGGAUGGUGGGCGUUGAGGAGGGAAUGGGGAGGACGUGUGAGGAUGCUCAGGUGGAGACAAAGGAAAGGACGAAGAUGGAGAGUCUGUUACGGAUGCCCG